GCGUUUUGAGAAAGGUCCUCUUUCGCCACAGUCAUCCUCGUGGUUUUCUAUAAAAUCCUCCUUCAUGCUUUUAUAGAAGAAAAAGGAUCCAAAGACCUUCAUUUAUCUCGUCUUAUCACUCGGCUAGGACACAAUGAACACAGAAAAGUUACAAAAACUCCAAAAAGAAGUCAGAAUAGGUGGAAAGGGAACACCAAGAAGAAAGAAGAAAGUCAUACACAGGACAGCCACAACAGAUGACAAGAAACUACAAAAUACACUUAAAAAGCUGUCAAUCAACCCAAUUCCUGGAAUUGAGGAGGUAAACAUGAUCAAAGAUGAUGGGACAGUGAUUCACUUCACCAAUCCUAAAGUGCAAGCAUCCCUGGCUGCCAACACAGUUGCUGUUACUGGACAUCCUGAGAAUAAGACAAUUACAGAAAUGUUGCCUGGAAUUCUAAAUCAGCUUGGAAGUGAAAGUCUGUCCAACUUGAAAAGGCUUGCUGAGAAAUUCCCACCAAGUGAUGUAAGCAGCGGACAGGCAAAUGUUGAUGAAGCAGAGGAUGAUGACAAUGAAGUUCCAAUGCUAGUACAGAACUUUGACGAGCCAUCCAAGGAAGAAGUAUAAUAAAUAUCCUGGGAUAAUCUUUUUCUGACUGUAAUAAAGUUGUACCAAUGUCCUUGUCCACAUUGACUGCUGUCCAUUCAAUUUAUAUCUACUAAUUUAGGUUAUGUAAAGUCUGAUGAUUGUUUAAUUCAUGCCCAAUGAAUGGCAGUCAUUGUGGUAACCAAUAAUAAACAAACACCCAACACUGUU